AACAGUUUUCAGCAUGUGUUGCUGUGUCUUUUUCCAGUUUGAUUUGCAGACCAAGUCAUUCUAUGCCUCUCAUCUCUGCAUUGCCUCUGGUGUUACGAGACUUGUAAUGCCUUGAUGUGGUUUCAACAUGCCUUGAUGCAAUUUCAGCUUGCCUUGCCUUGCUUGUUCCCUAGGUUGACAUCACCAUGAUCUCCCAGCAGGUGGAGCAUGUCUACAUCAUCCUCUCUUCUUGCUACCUUGAGGACACCCUUGUUUUCGGCAACAACUACAGCCCCCACCUCACACUCUUUCUUUAGAAGCAUAGCAAUCUGCAUGCUAGGAAGGUAGUGUACGAGGGGGUGGAUGUGGAGGGGAAUGCCACUUCCUUCGCCGUCGAGCUCCAUGAGCGCCAGCUUAAAGGUCACACGACUGGGAGCGACCUUGAGAGCUGCGUAGAGGUUGGCGUUCAAGUUGUGAAGACUUUCGUGCAAGGGCUCAGGGAAAGGCUGGAGAACCUGCGGCGUCUCUGGAGGGUGCGCAGCUCUACAAGCCAGAGUCGUACCUGCAUCGUGCUGCCGAGCGCGAGGCAAAGUUCAAAUCUCAGCUGCAGCAACUUGAAGACAUGUUUCACAACUCCAUCCCUGGUGUGGAUUUUGAGAAGUGCAAGCGUUAGCUGCGCUUGUUCACUGCAGUCCUUGAGAGCUGCUAUGCUGGCCAGUCUUUCCACCAGUUCCUGUCCAAUUUGAUGCAGAAUGAGGAGUGGCAGACCCAUUACCCUAACCUCAUUCGACUCUGGCAGGCACUUGCGGUGCUCCCGCUGAGCAAUGUGGAGUGCGAACGCGGAUUCUCAAAACAGAAUCUGAUCAAGACCUUGACUUGCGUGAACCUCAGUGACGGCCGUCUAACGGACCUGAUGGUUGUUUCGCUGCUGGAGUACCCGAUUGAGUACAUGCAGGUUGUUGAGGUGUUCAUGAUGGAGAAGAAGAGGAGGCCUUCUAGGGAGGUUGAAGCAGGCCCCUCCAAGCGCCCCGUGGCUGCCGAGGCUGCAGAAUAUGAUGAGUUAGUUUAAGGAUGUUUGAAUGGCUAGUGCAGUUAGUGUGGAGAAUUAAGGCAUUAUUAAAGAGUGGUUAUUUAAAGUAGGUGUAGUAUUUGGUAGAUGAAACAACCAAUAAAAUAUUGUAGUGGUU